UUGUUCAUUUCAUAUCGUAUGGUGAUAGCGUGAUAGCUUUAUCAUUGUUCUGUUUAUGUGCGAGUAUCCAUCAUUAAUUUGAUAAUAAACGAAGCGACUCGACUUAGGUUACUUAGUGGUACCGGUAUCUAAUUGAUCACUCGUUAAGUUGAGAAUUUGAAAAAAAAAACUGGCAUAAUAUCUAGGUAGUCAGCAGUCAGCACUCAGCACUCAGCAGUAGGACGGAAUCGAUCGUGAAAAAUGAAGCAAUUAUUCGAUGCGAAGCUAAAAAGAAACGUCGCCUGCAAGUUGAAGAAAUUUCGAAAGUUGCACAGCGAUUCUAAUGCGCCACCAAAAUUACCAGACUGCGAGUAUACGUCGAAUUCGUACCAAGGGCCCGCUUACGAAAACGUCCAAAAGAUCAGAAAUGGAAACGUGAUCGCGUCGUACAAUCAGUAUUACAGAAAGCCACUAUUAUUACACGAGGGAAAAAUGCAGUGGCUAUUCGAUCACCAAGGGAAACGAUAUUUAGACAUGUUCGGCGGCAUAUGCACCGUUAGCGUUGGUCAUUGUCAUCCAACAGUAACAGCAGCCGCUGAAAAGCAAAUACGCAGUCUAUGGCAUAGCGCCAACGUUUAUCAGCAUCCCAAAUUGUACGAAUACGCCGAAGCUUUGGCCUCUACUUUGCCCGAUCCUUUAAAGGUAGUGUACCUGGUGAACAGUGGUUCGGAGGCCAAUGACUUGGCUUUAUUUUUGGCAAGACUGCACACGAAAAAUUUAGAUAUUAUUUCGUUUCAAAACUGCUAUCACGGGAUGAGUUCAUUCAUGAUGGGUGUAACUUCUUUGCCACCGUAUCGCUAUAACACACCGAUUCCGUCCAAUAUCCAUCACGCGGUAAAUCCGGACGUUUAUCAAGGAUUAUGGGGUGGCAGCCGAUGUAGAGAUUCGUUGGUACAGACUACGAGGAAAUGCGACUGUUGUGCGGAUAAUUGUCUAGCUUCCGAAAUGUAUUACAAACAAUUCGCCGAUAUUUUUAAAUACUCGCUGCCGUUGGGUCAUUUAGCUGCCUUAAUUGUCGAACCAAUUCAGGGUGUCGGCGGAGCUGUUCAAUUUCCCAAAGGAUUUUUGAAAAAAGCUUUCGAUUUGGUUCGCGAGAACGGAGGCGUAUGCAUAGCUGACGAGGUUCAAACCGGCUUUGGAAGAACGGGUGAUCAUUUCUGGGGCUUCGAAAUGCACGAUAUCAAGCCGGACAUUGUGACAAUGGCUAAAGGCAUCGCGAAUGGUUUUCCUAUGGCAGCUGUAGUCACAACUCCCGAAGUAGCCAAGUCACUUACCGGCGCAACUUUGGCACAUUUCAACACGUUCGGUGGUAACGCGUUAGCUUGCAGCGUUGCUCACAGCGUUUUGCAAGUUAUCGAGGAAGAAAAUAUGCAAGCCAACAGCAAACUAGUCGGUUCUUAUUUGAUCCAAGAGCUGGCUAAGCUGAGAGACGAAUUCGAAUGCGUGGGCGACGUCCGAGGCAAAGGUCUAAUGAUAGGCGUCGAACUGGUCCAAGACAAAGUCACCAAACAACCGUUGGUUGGCGAUGAUUUCUUCGACAUAUGGGAAAAUUGCAGAGAUAUGGGUCUUUUGAUCGGACGAGGCGGUUUAAAAGGAAACGUGCUCAGAUUCAAGCCACCUAUGUGCGUAACGUUGGAGGAUGCUCGCUUUUCCGUAGAUGUGUUGAGAAGAGCUCUAUCCGAACAUUACCAUUAAUUCAGUCGACCAACUUUUAGUAUCUACAUCCAUACAAUCUGCUCACCAUUCCGCGAAAGUGAGACGCAAUCGAGAUUCGACAAAUUUACACGGUCCAACAUGUACGAAAUACAUAUGUAUUUGUGCACCUCGUGCACACCCCUACUUGUAUCUCUAUCUACUCAAUAUAUGUAUUGGUUCACAAACUAAAUUUCAUAAAA